CAGCAGGCAGCCGCGCAGCAGCACCAGGCGGCUGCUGCAGCGAGCAGCGCUGGGAGGGCGACCCACCCACCAAUGAGGGGAGGAAGAGAGCGGCGCGCCGCGACCUGGCCAGGCGCGCACGCGUUCCUGCCUCCGGUCCCUGGUGAGGAGAGACUCGCCAGCCGCCGUCGCCAUGAGAAGCGGGCUCGCGACGCUGCUCGCCGUCGCCUCGCUGCACACGUGGACCGCGCUGGCGCUCAGGGUCCUGGAUCACAGACUCUUCGGCGCUACGCGCACCAUAAAGCUCAAGCCGUGCCAAAACAGGGUAACUGGCCAAGAAGGCACCUGCAUGUUUGCCUGGGACUGUUUCAGCGCAGGCGGCACCCACCUCACAUACUGCACAGACUCUUUUUACACGGGUAGCUGUUGCAAACUACCGCCUGGGGUCGUCGUGCAACAACAUGACAUGCCUUCAGAACCGGCCAACAGCAUUGACUCGGUGCCAUAUGAGGGUGACGACGACUACAAGAAAAGAACGAAGCGGCCUCCGACGAGCACGCUCAAAACGACGUCGCAGAUGUCGUCCAAGACAACGCAGCCAGUUACCUACGCUGUCACAACGCCAAGCCAUGCACCGUUGCCAACCACUACGGGGACUACACCCUUUGUGGGUCUCUCGACGUUUACGCCGGGUCUAAUCACGUGGAGGCCUCACGAAACUACUUUGCCAUUUCUUCCUGAUGAACCGCCAUCAACAGUGCCAAAUGAUUACGGGUCAAGUACUAGCGUACCGGACACAACUAGCGUUCCGACUACGACUACCACGAAACAGACCACGCGAGCACCUGUCACGACCACACGGAUACCAAUCGUGGCGAGUACAUUCCUCACUCCCGAAGACACAACGAUAGGGCAAACUUCGGAGUCUGCUCCUCAGACAACGACAAAAGUCACAACGGAGCAACCAGUCGAAACGAGCAGCAAGCCGACGGAAACGGCCGCAUACGAUACCACGUCCCAUGAUUACACGAUGUCUACGGAGACGCCCACAACUUCCACACAAACUCCAGCUACCGACACUACAACAGCACAGACCACUACGCAGCGGCCAUCCACUACGUCAGUACAGAGUCACACGUGGAUCGUCAACGAACGAGAAACCACAAUGGCUAUUCCACAGUCUGUUCCGACGGAGCAGACGUGGGUGGUAGUUGACGAGGCCGAUGCCAGUGGCCAGCAAACAACAACACCGACGCAAAGUGAAACCGCCGGCCAGACCACUUCGACCUCGUCGAUGGCAGACUGGUCCACGGUGACCGACAUGGUUACUUCGAUUUCGUGGGUCGAUAUGACGGAGCUGUCUACGACGCAGAAGCCGCCGCCAGAUGUGCCCGACACAACUCCGCUACCGUCAGAACCUCCUCCGCAUACACCAGUUCCUCCUACCACGUCUACCACCGUAGCCACGACUUUGAGCGCUACGACUGGCACUGAUGUCGCGGAAACAGAUUUCGUUACUGUCAGUCCAGACUCGUCGGAGGCGCCGUCACUCGAACUGGUAAGCGCUACGACUACUGCGACGUCCACGAAGGAAGAGAUUAGUACGCAACCACAGACAACCACUCAACGGCAGCCGUCAACUGCGCGACCGACCACCUCCCAGCCGCCUACCACUUAUACGCCCGAGAUAGCUACGACCACUACAACGCGCCUGGGCCCUAUACUUACGACCCUCACCACACGCCGCACUACGACAACUACUGCAGAAGAGACGACAGUUCCAACCACGACAACAGCUGGUACAACGUGGAAGUACACGGUGCCGACCUACACUGUUUCGGAAGAGCGCGAGACCACGACACAAGUGCCGACAACAAAGAGGGCAACCACGCCGCCAACGACGGUUCAGUCGACACUUCCAAAAGCAACAACUACGACGACUGUGCCAACGACUACGGUGACAACGGGGCCAACGACAAUUUCUCCUGACAAGGACAUUCGGAAAAUAUGCGGCCGGCCGAGGACAAUACCAAGUGCGAGGAUUGUGGGAGGCGAACAGACAAAAUUUGCUCAGUGGCCUUGGAUGAUAUCCCUGCGGCAGUUCAAGCGAAACAACUUCCUGCACAAGUGCGGAGCGGCGCUACUCAACGAAUAUUGGGCCAUCAGCGCGGCCCACUGUGUUCACAACGUGUCGCCCACUGACAUCCUUCUCCGGCUGGGCGAGUACGACCUGAAGAGUGAGCGUGAGCCACUGUCGCACGUGGAGCGGCGCGUGCAGAUCGUGGCCACGCACCCGCGCUUCGAUGCCAGCACCUUCGAGUACGACUUGGCUCUGCUGCGCCUCUACGAGCCCGUGCCCUUCCAAGACAACGUGAUACCAGUCUGCGUACCCGACACCAACGACAGCUUCGUUGGUCGCAGUGCUGUUGUCACCGGAUGGGGACGUCUGUACGAAGAUGGGCCCCUUCCGAACGUCAUGCAGAAGGUCAGCGUGCCCAUUAUUACCAACAAAGAGUGCGAGAGCAUGUACCGCAAGGCCGGCUUCAUCGAGGACAUCCCCAACAUCUUCAUCUGUGCCGGCCUUGCCAAAGGUGGCAAGGACUCCUGUGAGGGUGACUCUGGCGGACCACUGGUGCUGAAAGAUCCGAAAACGGGGCAGUGGUCGCUCAUUGGUAUCAUCUCGUGGGGCAUCGGCUGCGCCUUGCCAAAUCAGCCCGGCGUGUACACGAGGAUCACGCAUUUCGCCGACUGGAUUCGGCAAAUAAUCGUCUUCUGAUGUCGAGUGGGAUUUUUAGGCGGUUAUUCUACUUCACAAGGGCGAACGACUUUACAGCAGCGCCGGUGCACAUCUCGACCGGCCCUGGAGGCUGACUUGCCUGGUCGCUUCUUGGGCUGCAGCACCAGCUUCGGGGGAAAAUGCCCAAAAAGAGGAAAGGGGGUUUGGGGGUGCUCCUUCGCAAUGUGCUCAUUCUAUGGUGGUAGGCUGACCACAUUUCGCUUCAACUGCAAAGAACUGUUGCAUUUUCUGGUGUUUUCACAUAUGAAUCAACGACCGCGCAUUUUUUGACAUUCUACGUAAUCGUUUUUAAUGUUUAGCUGACGUCACGCGCAAACGGUUAUGACGUUUAGAUUGCGUGUAGUGGUACUUGUGGGACAUGAAGUAGGGGGCUCACGAAGAAGCCGAAGCGACCCCAGUGUGCAAUCACAAAACUAAAGACUUAUCGAGAAGGUUAUAUAUAUCAUAAAUGAAAACAGCUAGUGUGUAUUAAAAUGCAGAGAUUAUUAAAUCAAUAUUUGUUUCUAAUGCAUGGCACUCCUUCCGGCAAGGCCUAGGAGCGUCAAGAAAUGCCGUUUUAUCCAAAUUUGAAUCAGAAUUUAUUGCUUUUUUUCUCAUUUCCCAUAAAAACAUCAUUUCCUUCAUUAUUUAUUUCUACUGCCAUUGCUACAAUAAGUUUGUACUUUGUCACUUUUAAACUAUUAUAAAGGCUCAUUACUUGAGCAGUUUUGUUAUUUGUUGUAUGGAUACUGUUGUAUUGAUUGCUCUAAGCUAUCGGGACCACUACGGUCAUGCAAAUGCCACCAAGUUGGACGACGCAAAGGCUGCAUCGAGUACUGGCAGAAAGAUUAGCGGGCCCAGUGUUUCCUUUCCAUGCCUUUUCUUUGAUCAGUUGACGUGUUCCAUUUAAUGAAAACAACAUAUUGUAUGCAUUUUCCCCUUUAUCUUAUGAUGUUACUCGCUAUUUUUUUAAUGAAUUGACGCUCUUUCCCUCAUAGUUAAGAGAUCAUUAUUUCGCCUCGGCAAUAGGCCGUGAAGCAAUCUACAACCUGUGAUAGUUAAAAGUGCCUUUAACUACAUUUUUUUACAAAAGAAAAGUAUGCAAGCUAAGAAUGAGCAUUUAGAUAUCUAGUACGCACAAUACCGCGCUUGGUAGCAGUACAGAGAGCUCGAUGCCUGGAUUGGCAUACGCCGGGCGGGACAAUAGAACAGUUAUAGUCAAGUUUCCGUGAUAGCAUGAAACCUUAUUUAGUUUGGUUUCGUUGAUGUUAUAUAAGGACGAGAGGAACAGCUGGACUUCGAUUAUGUAAGAAAACACGCGUAUCGUUGAGAAAUUGAGUAAUGAAGCAAAAUUAGUGACUGUGCACGAAGCGCCAUUGACCCGGCAUAUAUGGCGAUAAUUCAAUAGCAUAUCCUGUUUUCUUGAGAGAUUUUACUCAGGAUUGCCUACGUAUUACCAUUAACGCCUUGUUAACGUGAUGCCAAAAAUGUACAUGGUAAUUUUAGAGCCCGUGACGACAGCUCGGGAUGCUUGUAUUCACGAACAGCGCAUAUAAAUGGAGAUAAGGCGUACUCCAUGUGCUCGUGUAAAGGUGCCAAUGAUGACGUAAUCUCCGUGAAGAAAUUCCCUCUGAUUUUCGUCGCCGAAAAAUGCUUCGUGACAAAAGACUGUGUGACACAUCUGGAAGAAUCAAACUUCACAAAAUGUCAGUCACGUGCAACAGUUCUGACACCAUCUAUGUUCAUGGCACCACGGUUACAAUGGGGUUAUCCCUUUGAGGUUCUCGACUUGCUUAAAUGCAGCGACUUCAACAAUUACAAAUGAAUAGCUGUAGUGCCUUCUCCUACGAAUUCCAUAAUUAAAAUAAAUGAUAGUUAUCUGUAAUCCAACCGUUCCGAUGUUCUCUAACCAGGCGCUACUGAACUCUGCUAUUUGCUCGAUGGCAUCACUGUCUAGAUCUUCUACUCUUCUUGUUAACUAGUUAUUAUAUUUUUAAAAGCUAUACUUGCCCUAUUUGCACCAUCCUGCGUUGGGAGUGUGAAGCGACUUAUGCGCCACCGGGUUACAUGGCGUUGACAUUGAUGAUGCCACAUGCAAAAUGCAAUUUCAAGAUGCGAGCAGCUGUGACGUGCAAUGACAGAUUCUGUCGAGUAUUCGAAAUAGGUGUUUCACAAAAUACGCCAUUCAAUGUUCUUGAUUUAGUCUUCCUCGGGUAAGCGAUUCCAUCCAAAUCGCCUUUCCACAUCCAAUUCAUUACAGAUGUAAUGAAUCUAAAUGCCCGAUGAUGUUUUCACGUGGAAGACUGCUUUACAAAGUGUAUGUAGUUAUUUAUUAAACUCAUUCAUCGUCGA